GGCUGUUUUCCCGCUCUGGUGAAGUUAACUUCCGCCGACGUCAUUUCGUGGUAUCCAAUCCGAUGUUGCGGAUGCUGGAGCAGGUAUAGCAGCCCUCUGAUUCGUUUUCCCUCUUCGUGACUCAGCUUCUUUAUUAGAGCAAACAGAGCAUCAUCAAAGCAGUAGCAGCAGUGUUUUCCCAUUCAGAGCCUGAGGAGCAUCCUAUUCUGUAGGUGGAGUAUAGACUCACAGAAAAAAAAAAAAUAAAUCAAAAAUUUUAUACCCACUUCCGGAGGAGCAUAUUUUCUUUUGUUCUUGGUUGGUUUGGCAACCUGAGUCCUGAAAAAUUUUGGAAUUCCUUUUCUUUUUUUUUUUGGGCUGUGAGGAUCGUUGUGGUUUUGACUUGGAGGCUUCUUUUAAUUGUUGGGAUUUGUCUGACAGCAUCAUGAACUGGACUGAACUGUCCUGGUGGCUGAUGUUUUGUUGACUGACAGGCUGUUUUUUUUUUUUUUACCUAAUGACUCACUGGCUAUUUUGCUCACAGAGUUACCUAUUUACUGACAAACUGGCUCCUUUCUUUGCUGAUUUUUGGGCUCCGUUUUCACCCACUGUCUAGUUUGCUGACUGGAGGGUUGACAAACUAAUUGUCUCCUUUAUUUACUUAUUGACAGACUGGCUAUGCUGUUUAUUGUCUGGCUGCUGGCAGACAAAUUAACUUGUUAUUUUGUUCACUGCAUGACUAGCUGAGUGACUGACUAUUCACUGAAAGACUGAGCCUCUGCCUGUUAUAUUAUCUUUUCAUAUCAUCUAUACCUGGUUGACUGAAUGCCUGCCUGAGCUAACCAUUUUAUUGACAGAGUCACUGUUUUGCAUGGGAGUGGCACCAUCAUUAUCAUCCUUAGGCUUUGUGAUUGUUUUGCUUCGGGGAAGCUGUGAUGAAGGAGAGGAGAGACUCGACAUUAGAAAAAUCAAGGAAAGAUAGAAGGAAGAAUUAGAAACAAGAAGCAGCAGAGAGGAAGGAAGGCUGAGGAAGAAAAAGGAGACCCGGGAGGGAGAAUUGGAUUAGGGAGCAAAAAGAGGGGAGAUCUUCGGGGAAGGAAGGGUGCGGAGAAGGAGGCGUGGCAGCAGAGAGAGAGAGAGAGAGAGCGGCGUGAGAGAGGAGACGAGAGUGGAUGCGACCCACACCCUGAGAUGCUGUGCUGGCUGAGAGAAGACGAGAUGUCGGUCCAGGAGCUGCUACAGAGGGUGCAGUGUGUCAUCACACAUGUCGAUGAGAUCAUGCAGCAGGAGAUCAGGCCCCUGCUCGCUGUAGACAUCAUAGAGCAGCUUCAUCGCCAGUUUGCCUUGCUCUCAGGCGGGCGAGGGAUAGAUGGCGCCCCCAUCAUCACCUUCCCAGAGUACUCAGGCUUCAGUGAAGUGCCAGAAGAAGACUUCCUCAAUGUAGUCACUUACCUGACCAGCAUCCCCAGCUUGGAUGCUGCCAGUAUUGGCUUCAUCAUCAUCAUCGACCGACGGAAGGACAAAUGGAGCUCAGUGAAGGCUUCUCUAUCCAGGAUUGCAGGCGCAUUUCCAGGAAACCUGCAGCUGGUUUUGGUGCUGAGGCCGUCCAAGUUCUUCCAGAGAGCCAUAGCAGACAUCGGGAUCAAACUGCACAGAGAUGACUUUAAAAUGAAGGUACCGAUUGUGAUGCUGAACUCUCUGUCUGACCUGCACGGUUACGUGGAUAAAGGGCAGCUGACCCGAGAGCUAGGAGGAAGCCUGGAAUACUGUCACAGUCAGUGGAUACACCACCGAACUGCCAUAGAGAACUUUGCCAUGACAGUGAAAACCACCGCCCAGAUGUUACAGAAGUUUGGGACAGACCUCGCAGAGACGGAGCUGCCCAAUGACGUCCAGUGCACCAAAGACCUGCUCGUCGCACACACAGACAAACACACCAACCUCAAGGAUGAACUGAAGCUAGCUUUGAAGCAGGGCACCACCUUGUUAGGCUGUAUCAAGGAGCAGGCAGCCAAGUCAGAGAGCCACAAACUCAACCCAGAUGAGAUGGAGAACCAAACCACUGUGGAAAGGCUCCUGGCUCAGCUGGAUGAGACAGAAAACGCCUUUGAACAGUUCUGGUGUAAACACCAUCUAAAACUGGAACAGUGCCUGCAGCUACGCCACUUUGAACAGGACUUCAGAGAGGUCAAAGUGUCUCUAGACAGUCUGAUGGAAAGUCUAACGAGCCUAUCAGAUAUCGGGGACUGCGUUGCCAGAGUUGAACACCUGCUACAGGAACUGAAAGCUUUGGAGGAGAAGGCUCAGCCCACAGUAGAAAAGGCCCAGCUCCAUGCACUGCAUGGUGACCAGCUGAUCCAGAGCAACCACUACGCUGUGGACUCCAUUCGACCUAAAUGUGUGGAACUCAGACGGGUCUGCGACGACUUCAGCAACGAGGCCAAGAAAAAGACAGAUGUCCUGUCCAAAUCCCUGCAGAUACACAUGGGCAUUGAUAAGGUGAACCAGUGGUGUGAGUCUGGCAUCUACCUGCUGGCCUCCCAGGCUGUAGAUAAGUGUCAGUCUCAGGAGGGAGCAGAGUCAGCACUGACCGACAUUGAAUGCUUUCUGGACUCGGCAGAAAAGAACCAACUGACUGAACUGAGAAACCUCCACAAUCAGUAUGAGGUCGUCCUAUCUGAGGAUAUCAAGUCCAGUGUCCUGAAGGCACUGAAGCGGCUGGAGGACGUCCAGGAGAUGUUCGAGAAGCGACAUGUCAGUCUGAAGAGGUUGUCAGCCAAACAGACAAGGCCUGUCCAGCCUGUCGCCCCGAGGCCUGAGUCCUCUCCCAAACGGCCCUCACUGAAGAAUCCCUCUAGGACCACUGGGAGCCAGCAGCCUCUCGCCCGCAGAGCUUCAGAUAACUCAAACAGCGGCAAGCAACCAGCUGAGGCAGAUCCCAACAAGAAGAAGAACAUACGCAAGGCCAAAGGAGGCAUCAAGAUUGAGGUGAUGCAUGAGGAAAGCCAAGGAGGCUCCACGCAUGUCAUUGUGUCCAAUGAGACAGAGGAGAGUCUGUCCAGCAGACGCAGACACAUCAUGACUGAGCUGAUUGAAACCGAGAGGCUGUAUGUGGAGGAGCUGCAAAGCAUCAUGGAGGGUUAUUUUGCAGAGCUUGAUAACUCAGAGCUCAGCCACCUCAUCCCCCCGUCCCUAGAGAACAAGAGAGAUGUGCUGUUUGGUAACCUGCCACAGAUAUAUGAAUUUCACAACAGGACAUUUCUGAGGGAGCUAGAGAACUGUGCAGAGAAACCAGAGCUGGUUGGAACCUGUUUCCUGAAAAGGAAAGAGGAGCUGCAGGUGUAUGAGAAGUACUGUCAGAAUAAACCCCGCUCCGAAGUCCUCUGGAGACAGUGUGGAGACAGUCUUUUCUUCCAGGAAUGCCAGAAGAAGCUGGACCACAAACUGUCUCUGGAUGCUUACCUACUGAAGCCAGUCCAGAGGAUCACCAAAUACCAACUCAUGCUCAAGGAGAUGUUGAAGUGCAAUAAGGGUGAGGGGACGGCAGAGCUGGAGGAGGCUUUAGCCACCAUGCUGGACAUCAUCAAGUCCGUCAACGACUCCAUGCACCAGAUAGCUAUCACUGGCUUUGAGGGAAACCUGAGUGAGCUGGGGAAGCUGCUGAUGCAGGGAUCCUUCAACGUGUGGACUGACCACAAGAAAGGCCACAGCAAGGUGAAGGACCUGGCCAGGUUUAAGCCCAUGCAGAGGCAUCUGUUCCUGUACGACAAGAUGCUGCUGUUCUGUAAGAAACGAGAUGAGACCACAGACGGACACGAGAAGACCCCGUCCUACAGCUUCAAACACUCCCUCAAGAUGAGCGCUGUGGGGAUCACAGAGAACGUCAAAGGCGACAGCAAGAAGUUUGAGGUGUGGUACAACGGCAGAGAGGAGGUCUACAUCAUCCAGGCUCCUUCUAUGGAUGUGAAAAAUAUGUGGGUGUCAGAGAUUCGUAAAGUUCUUACGGGCCAACUAGAGGCAUGCAGAGAAGCCAGCCAGCUCCACCAGAAGAUCUCAGACCACAUCUACGGGGCCCCAAUGAGGAAUAUGCGGAAGAUGGCACUGAGACAGUCUGAUUCCUCCAGUCCAGAGUCAGGCUUCAGGAGAGCAAACCCCAGCCCUAAUAUGAGGCAGAAGAAAGAGCCUGCUGCUAAGGAGGCAGAGGUCCCCCGCCGCUUCUCUCUCACCUCCUCUCUCGCCUCCUCUUCCUCCUCCUCCUUUGCAACGCGACGCACAAAAGGUCCCCUCUCUGCUAGCAUUAAGAGCAAGAGACACGAGAUAAAGAGUGAUCCCACUCCAUUUGGUUAUGAAGAUACUUUGCGUGGUGCUAUGGCUGCAGUCAAGAAACGUCAGAGCAUGACUAGCAGCACUGCUACUGCUGCUGGCGGCACCUCGGCCGUCCCCAGAUCCACCUCCCAACCAGGCUGGACCCAGCGGCGUCUCCCUUCCAUUGACACAGAGGACUUUGAGACGAUCCCCUCCAGUGCAGAGGAAUCCUCCAACUCCUCAGAAGAGGAAGGCAGCAAUAAAAAUGGAGACAGUAGUCGUUUCCGGGUGCAGCUGACCUACGAGUCUCGUGAAGCACGAGACCUCUCUCUGGAGACGGGCGACUUGGUCCAGUUUCUGGAGGAGGCGGAGAACGGACACUGAUAUCUUCAGUGAUCUGUGCACAGCAGCACUCUCUGACUCGGAUGAAAAUGAAGCCAGUACCUGGGGAGAUGUGUCUCAGGACAGCAGAUAAACAUGGAAGACUGUUGUAGUUCAUUACGUUGGACUGACUACAAACAUUUUCUAUCCUUCAAUGGAUGUCAGACAUGGCAGACAAUUCUUACUGUAGUUUUUCAAAUGUAGUUCCCUAAGCUGGACUUUUAAAUAUUGACAAUUAUGAGUCUUCUCAUUGUAGUUCUAUAUAUUGGACUACAAAUAUGGCCUGCUUUUUUUUUUCAACUGUAGUUUUUCAUGUUUGACUCAUUGAAGCUUCUCAGUGGAGCCUCUGGACAAAGCUGGAACCUUAACAUGCCUGAAUGCCACAGCGGGAAAGCCAUAUAUGACUUUUAAUUCACGGAAGUACCAGCUGUCAUCUGUGGAGAACUGAAGACUGCAUGGAUGUGCACACUGAACUUUACAUCCUAUGUUGGAUGAAUUCAGAUAACGUACUGUAGUAACACAACUACAAAUGCAAUUUGUGAGUGGUUGGGUUGGAUACCUGCAAACUCAUCUGCAAACUGCCCAUCUCUGACAUGGAUAACCUUUAGGGAAAAGUGAUAAAGUCCAUGUGCUGGUUGUGAACAGGCCUUGUUUUGCUGCUGUGCUGCUCUGAAACAAAACUCUGUCCAACCAGCUUCUGCCUCUGCUGCCCUGCUUCAGCUUUUCAGGUUCAAACUACAGACACUUCAUUAUAGCUGCAGCCUUCAGUAGAACCUAGAAGUUGUCUUGCUUGCCUUUCUUCGCUCUGGUAGAGCACCCACAUAAUGUCAUCACAUUACAUCACAUAUAUUAUCUGAGCGUGCCUGUUCUCACACCCUGUACACUUGUGAUCUGUAUAAAUUGCUCUACGAAGCUGAGAGAUAUCUCACUUUCAUAUCUGGAUUUAUUACCCAGUGCUCUUGAAGAGAGAAAACUACUUUUACAUAUGGUUUACUCUCUCUGGAAAGGACGUGUAUUAUAUCUUCACAGCUAUUACAAAAUGCUAACAGGCUAAAUGAUAUUCACUGAUGAGAUAUUUUGUUUGGGACUGCAACCAGUUGCUAAGAGACCAUCUAGCAUUCUUUUACUGAACACUCACAAACUGUGUUGAUGAUGUUCCUUUAGUUUUUAUGUGGAAAUGAAUACUUAGCUUCCAUUAAAAGCACAAAUGUUCCUACAAGCUGCCUCUUUUUAGUCCAAGAAGAUUGUUUUUUGGUCAGAUAUUUGGUCAAAAUUUCCAUUUUACCAUAUUUUGUUUUGACUUGGUUUAGCAAACACUUGCCUAAUUACACAUUGUGCAGACAUGGAGUUACAUUAACAUUCAUUUGGAAUGGUGUUUUUGGUCAAAUAUUCACUCUCCUUCUAGCUGUGUCGCUAGCUUUGUUUGGCUGCUGCCUUGUGCCACACAGGCAGCGUACAGCUUGUGUAGCGUAGCUUAUUUUUCCUCCUGCGUCCAGAAACAAUGCUGAUGAGAGUGGUGAUCCCAAAUAGUAAAUUUGCAGUCUGGAAAACCAAACCAAACAGCUAAAAGAGGCAAUAAAGCUUGAGAGAAACUGCAGUCGCGUGCAAAUUCUCUGAGGGUUUGUUGCUACAAGUGACCCCUUUCACAUUACAAUCAUGAUAAGUGCAGCUUUUAAAAAAUCUAAGUUUACAAUGUCAGAGCUGCAAUCUUCCUCUUUCAGCUAAUGACUGCUAAAUUACUUUCCGGCAGAAAAUACACGUUGAGAAAUAAAUCAAUCAUAAUGUGUUCCUCAGAUUAUCUUUCUUCAUGGAGAGUGAAUAGCAGACGGAGGCAGCCAAAUGGCUUUUGAUGGAAAUUAAGCAUCACUGCAGCACAUCUCUUUUUUAGAUGAAUGGGGUGCUGGUGUAAAUUAUGUUUCAGAAUACAGAUUUGUUUCUGUGACAUGUUAUGCUACUUGGAGUUAUCUCUGCAUAAUGGGAUUUUCACUAGCAAGCUUUGAUUCGCUGCAUGCCAGCCACCGCUAUCUAGAGACAGGACAUAUUCAAGCAUUGUUUCUGAUUUGUGUGCAUGUAAACAUUCAACCUUAUGUACAAUAAGAUAGGAAGGGAGGAUGUUGAAGAAUAUAUCGACUUUAUCCCAUUGUGAGUAAGCUCAAUUUUAGUGGAUGAUAUUCAGAGCAUUGUAUUCAUUCAUGCACACAGAUCUCUUCCUGUCCUGUUGAUUUAUCUCUGUGCCCAUAUAGCCUCAGCUCGUGGCUAGCAGUGUUCAGAGACCAGAUUGAUUGUAUUCUCACCUUGAAAUUCCUUGAAGGAUUUGCGCGCCGGGUUGUUUUGCUCAGUCCAAGCAAUAGUUCAGCUUUGUAGCGGCGUUAUCUGAUUCAUGAGAGUCUUUUGAAGUCCAUGCCAAAAGCCCUUACACCAGUGUUUUUGUUACUGAGAUAUUAGCAUUUGUUAGCAAUUUGUGAGCGUUGCCAGCACAAGUCAGGUGGGCUGAAAGGCAUUUCUUUGACAGAUGGCGCUCAUGUCCUUUUUUCUAGAGUAAACUAUAUAGUGGGAAAAGCCAGGGAUUGCAAGUGAUUUUUCAGGAAAAGCUUUUUUAGCGAGCAGCACCUGAGCUGUUUCCUGACAUCGAUUUCACCUUUUCACAGAGGAAAAUAGCACCGUACACUGAACAGCCCUUUGGAACCUUCAUUCAUGCAGGGCUGGGAGGACAUUUUAGUAAAUGUAAAUAAACAUCAGUGUUAGUCUAAUAUUGCAUAUUUUUGUGUGUAAAUAUCCAUUUUCUGUAUGACUGCUGUAUUAUUGCACACACUUCUCCCUCAGAGGCUUUUUGGCAUUGUAACGCAUUUCUACUGACGGAUGGAAACCUCUGGACUAUUGACUGAGAAAUCCUUUCAAAAUGUAUUUACAGAUAGAUGCCACAUCACGUCAAAGGAGGAGUCUCAAAUGUUUCAUAUUUGUAACAGUUUUAGACGACAGCUCCUUUGAUGUAACUUAUUAUAAAUGAACAACAGACCAACUUGAUAAGAAAAGGCUUAAUAUUUUAUGUCAAAAUGAGCACUCUGACCUGGACAAGCAAAAGUAAAUGUGUAAAAAUUAAUGGAUGGAUGAUGCAAACAUGUAUGUAUGGAUGGAUGGAGGAUGAGGAGGAUGAUACAGGGACGAAUGGAUGGUUUGUUUGAUUGGUGGUUGAUGGUUGAAUGGUUGGGUAGAUAUAUUCAUGGAUAGGUAGAUGAUUGGAUGGAUGGAUGGAUGGAUGGAUAGAUGAUGGAUGGAUGGUCAGUUGUAUGACUGGAAGGAUAUGUAGUUGGAUGGAUGGAUAUUUUGACACUGGGUUACCAUCUGGAACAGAGGGCAGAACUCUAUUAAAGGUCAUAUACAUUGAUAUAUUACACUGUCUUUAAAGAAAUACACUCUUGAACAUACUGUACAUUUUGUGUAUCCUAUGUUAAAUGAAAAAUAUUGUAUCUUUGUAAAGAAAAAGUUUCUAUUGUGCUGCAUCCUGCUGCAAUGUAAUUGCAAUUUCACCAUAUUAUAGAAUGUAUCGAGUCUGUAUAAAGUACAGUCUGUCAUUGUAAUGUACAUAUUGCUUCAUUGUGAUAAUAUGCAUUUACAACAUGAAAUUUGUUAUUGUGGUUUUUUAAAUGCAACUUUAAAUGCAACCAUAACUUGGAUGCACACAUGUAUCACUUCAUGUUCAGAAAUUAAGACAUUUCCCAUCAGCGUUUUUACUUCCUGUUGUGAAAUGAAUGUUGUGGCCUGAGCAGGAAGACUAUUUAAAGUCAGAUAACAGCUCUUGAUAAGAGCCACCAUGUAUUCAGCAGGUAAGCUAACAUGAUUAAAGGGUGUUGUUAGAAAAAUGGA